AUGCGGGUAUUCCAAGCCGUAAGGGCGUUGGCCAACGGUCUUCGUAGUCGUGAUGAUACGAAUCAGCAGCAUCCGUCAAGACAUUUAUAUUCUUCGUCUCCACACUCCAGCAAGACGCAUGUCAGUAGUCUUCCAACUCAAAGUAGUUCAAGAUGUACUGUAAUGAUAGGACCAGAUGAGAUGGUACGCAAUGCAGUGGCAUUUCUUAUACAGGAAGAUGCAGAGAGUGCACUUGUCUAUGCACUUGUACACGAUCCAGAAUUUCGUUUAGCUUCAGCACUUACGACGAUACCGUCUGGACCUGAUGUGAUCGUAAUCCGUGCUUUGUUGUAUGUAUUUGAAAAUUAUGAAGAUCAGCUGCGAAAGCUUUUAGGACUGCUCAUGUUUCGCGAGAUGGUACACACACUUAACUGGAAUGAGCUUUUUCGAGCCAAUUCGGCUACAACAGCUUUGCUGCGCGAAUACACGUGCAAACUUGGUGGGGAGUUUCUGCAAUACGCGCUGGCGGAUGUGAUCAACCAUUUGUGGAUUCAUUCAGACGGAUACGAGGUGAAUCCACGCUAUCUGCAGCCGCACGACGAUCUGUAUGCCAACCAAAAACAGCUUGAAGCAUUGGCGGAGCGUACGUUGGACCGAAUUUUUAGUGCUGCGUCGCUUUUUCCGUAUCAAAUUGCCAAGGUCUACCGCGUAUUAGAGCUGGAAAUGAUGCGAUUGAUUGAACGAGACCGGCGCAGCAACAUAUCACUUCCUAGGCUUAGCGCGAUGGGAGGAAGUAGUUACAGCCAACCUAUCAUGGACGCUGCCAACAACAGUUAUACCUACAGUGAGGGCGUAGCAAGGGAAAGCUUUGGGCAACUCGGAGGACUGCCACGGCUUAGUUCUAUUGAGGAAAUUUUAUUUGAGGAAGUGCUUACGCAGUCAAAUAUCUCGAACGGAACGCCUUCGACCAUUACUGCUGCGAAGGAAGAGUUUUUCAUGCACCUGGGUGGGUUGGUGUUUUUGAGAUUCCUGUGCCCUGCGCUAGUAGUCCCGCACAAGAUGAACUUGACGCCAGGAAGCGCUGCUCCAGAUCGACAAAUGCAGCGGACACUUGUGCUGCUGGCAAAAUUGAUGCAGUCUCUAGCAAACAAUGUUGAGUACAGCGCAUUAACCGAGCCAUUCAUGGUGCCAUUCAAUGCCUUCCUCGCACGUAAUCGGCCCAAACUUACGCGCUUUUACGAUCAAUUGUGUCAACAAGCGCAGAGUGAUCCUCGCCGAGAAAGUUUUGUUGUCCUCAGCAACGCUGCCCCGCGGUUGUCGCAUCUUUGGGCAAGUCGGAGUAGCAGCAGUCUCGGCAACGACCCUUCGAUUGUAAAUCUUACAGGAGCACGCGUAAUGGAGGCCCCAGAGGCGUCAUGUGCUGUUUUGCGCAAGUGGAUGGGCUCACAUUUGGACUAUCUCGCUAAAGAGGUCGCAGACAACAACAAGUUUCGACGACAACAACAGAUUGUUAAUAAUAACGGAGGUAGCAAUAGCAGCGGCAGUUCCACAUCUCCAAUGACAUCUACUUCAACAAUGACAGUAUCACCUGUAAAGGUGCAACAGCGACCAACGAGAAAACUGAAGAUAUCGAAAAAUGCAGCAUAUCCAGCUGAAAUUGAGGAGGAAGAAGAGAAGAAAACUAGCGAUGUUGCGAGAGUCUAUCAGCAACGGGAUCCGACGGUGCCUGUAUCACUGGACGAGCUGGACAAAAUUAUGGGUCACACAAGCCAUCGUGAUAGUCAGCUAAUGAAGUUGUACUACGCAAGGCUUUCACGAAAUGGUCUACAGCAGUUACUUCAUAUGCAUGAUGUCGAUGGCGCAGAGUGGGAAGUUUACAGGCGUAGUGGAAAUGUUGAGGUGUUUCGCAAAACACCUGCUUAUAUCCGGAGCCCGUCUGGAGGUUUUGCUUUGGAGAAGGAUCGACUUGUAGAGAUGAAAGGAAAUGUCAUUAUCCGCUCAACACCCACGCGCGUGUUUCAAUAUCUGCAAACCCUCGAUGGAGGUAGUGCGGACACUGACAUAGCAACGACCCGAAAAGUGGAACCUCUGGAUGAAUCCAGCUCGGUGGUUUAUCGUCAGCACUCGAAACUAUCGCUAUGGCCAGCGUGGCUAGUAAAACCUCGUGACUCGUGUGAUCUUUACAGCUUUAUUGAGAAAACAGGCCAGCCCGACACGUACGCAGUGCUACAGGAGUCAAUUCCUCGUGCAGACGUACCUGAACGCAAAGGAGUUGUGCGUAUGGCUUUUGCCACUGGUGGUUACUUAAUCGAGCCAUUUGUUGGGAAUGACGAAAACUCAGACGCGGCAUGUGCAAGGCUUACGUGCAUCGUACGGGCAGACUUUAAGGGAUUGAUGCCUCGGUACUUAGCAGAAAGUAUUGUCUAUCGGCAAGUCCUAGAGAUUGAGGCAAUUUGCUCCUCAGUGGAGUCCAUGCAGCAUGAGACGAACGCGUGGGUGCAACAAUAG